GUAUCGUACGUUGUUCGGCGCUGUUGAUAGAUGGGGGCGGAGAGUGAGAGGCUUUCUGCGGAACGGUAUUUUCUUUAUACGUAUAUAUAAGCAUACACAGCUGAGCGAAGGGGAGCGACCGAGUAUGGAAAGAGACACGCAGAGAAGAGAGAGAUGCGGGCAAGUCGAGUCUCGCCGAGCGAGUGUGUGACAGCCUGCAUCAGGCGCGCGCGUGUUUCACUUGUGUUUUGACCGCGCGCCGCCGCUGAGAUGCCGCUGAGAUGCCGCUGAGAAGGCCUUUUUCUGCGGUUUAAUUGUUGUGUUACCUGCAGGUGCAGUACUUUGUUUUGCCUUGGUGUUUUUAGCGAGGAGGGAGCUCGUAGCUCGGCUUCCGCUAUGGCUGCAGUUUUCCAUUAGAAACCACAAGUGCCUAAAUAUAAUACCUGACCGUAAAAGUGAAAGUGAUAAGUUUCCGACAAUAAAGGUUUUUAUACUGAAAAUGUGCAGUCCCGCAGCGAACCAGCACAGCUCCAGCGACACUGGGCAAUGAACAAAACCGAACUGAACAUCAUGCUGAGCAACGGCAACAGCAGCGCGCUCCACGGCGUGACGCUGCGCUCGACCGGCACUUGCCUGCACCACGUCGGGCCUAACCAGAGCAGCUUGCACAGCUCGCACAUUCCACUGCCGAAGUCAAGCCCGAGCAAGGGGCUUCAGGAGCGCAUAGCAGGUCUACAGCGCUCGACGAGUCAGCAGCAGCAGCAGCAGCAGCAGCAGCAGCAACAGUCCGGGGGAAAAUCGAUGUCGGUGGCAGCGCAGAGGGCGGCUUUCGAGAGACUCGACGCCUCGGCCGCCGCUCCACCGGCGAGUCCCGUCAAACUCGCGCGCGCCUCCUCGGGAAGCGGAAGCGCCGCCAGCAGUCAGUACGGGAGCAGCCAGAAUCUCGGGCCAGCCUCGCCGGCUGCCUGCAGGAGUCCCAGGCUGGACAGGAGCAACAGCUUUCAGGAGGCCGGCAGGUGGAAGGGCAAGUUUGAGGAGGCCGAGAAGAAGAGGAAGAUGCUGCUGCAGAAGAGCGAGGCUGUGAGCCGGGAGCAUGCGGACCUGGAGAGGAGAUACCAGCAGCUGCUCAGGCAAAAUGGCACGCUGCAGGCGCAAAUGCAAGAUAAAAGCGAGAAACUUGAGAAAAUGCGAACAGUUUCGGAGGCGGUAUGCAAGGAGUACGAGCAGCUCAAGCGGCAAUACGACGUCGAGACGGGGGCAAUGCACAAGGCCAUGCAGCAAGCAUCUCAAUGGUACAGGCAGAAUCGCGAGCUGAAAAGGCGGUCGCAGGUCAUCACGCAAAAGUACCUGCUGUCCAAUCCGGACGCCCUGAACGAGUUCGAUCUGCCGGACGAGGUCGACAACCAUGCCGACGAUAUCGAGCAGCUCCGCGAAACCGUCACAGAACUCAGCCAGGAGGUGGCCAAGCUGCAGACGGAUCUCAACGCCGCCAGACUGCAGGAGUUCGAGGCCCAGGAGCAGGUGACGCUGCUCACCGCCCAGCUCGAGGAGGAGAGGCUGGCCCGACAAAACGAGGACGACAGAAUGAGGGAACUGAAGCAGCAGAAGGAGAACAUGGAACGCGUGACGAAGAUGGUGGCCGACGAGGUCCAAACACUGAAAGCACAAUGUGAUCGCGAGAGAGAAAACUCGAGAAUGAUAAAGAUAGAGGCCGACAGGAUCCAAAAGGAGCGCAACGUCCUGGCGCACCAGUCGGCUCUUCUGAUGGCCGACGUGGGCGACGACCCGAACGGCCGCUUCCUGGUCGUCCUCCAAGAAGUCGAGACUCUGAAACGCUCCCUCGAGGAGGAAAAACAGGCCCACGCUGCGGCGAUCCAGCUGCUCCAGGAGAAGCUCGAGGAGAAGGAGUCGAACGUCGAAUUCGAAAUCGUCGAGGAGAAGCUCAAGCUCGCCGAGUCCGAGCUCGAGAUGGUGGUGCAGCGAGCGGAGCGAGCCGAGUCCAGCGCUGCGGCGAUGCAGGAGCUGGUGCGCGAGCUCGAGGCCAAAAUCGCCGAGCUCGAGAAGAAGGCGAGCGCGCCGCCUCCUCCGCCUCUGCCGCCCCCGCCACCGCCACCUCCGCCCAUGCCCCUCCGGACGAACAACGGCGGAGGCAUCAGCUCGGUCAAGUUGAUCACGAGGGAGCGGAUGGCCGAGAAAAAUGGAUCGGCCCUCACGGACAUGGAGAACAUGCUGGGAAUCUCGAGAAAGUCGCCACCCGUAGCGCAGCAACCUGCUAUCGACGACAUCAUCAAUCAAAUCAAAGGUGGAAGGUUCACGCUCAAACACACGGAUAAACAAAGAGAAGAAGAGAGGAAGCGUAAGCAAGAGGCGGAGAGCAAACCGCCUGCCGUAUCGGAAAUGCUCAACAUUCUGGGGACCAUGCGGCGAAGAGCAAAGCCUACCAGAAAUUCGUUCAAGUUUUCUAACGGGCCAUCGUGAUUAUAGACGCUUAUUCUUUUACGCAUUAAUAAUAAUUAAACAUAUUGUAAUGUAUAUCAAGUUUAAAUACUUAUAUAGUGUAAGAUAAUACGUUAAGAAACUGCCAGCUUUUACACAAUGUUAUUAUUAUAGGAUUUAUUACAUAAAUACAAUUAUAAAUCGUUUUCGUUAUGAGUA